UCCACCUCCCGUCAUACAGUACAUGCUGAUUCUAUUGUACAAUCUAUUAUACAGAUCUCCACCCGGACGUCGUUUGUGGAAUUAUGAGUGAGAUUCGUAGACCCAGUAUAAUGGCAGAGGCUGUGGCCAAUGUUGCCCGGAGGGUCAAUGCAACCGUGGAGGAAGAGAAAGAUACUCUGGAUCUGUCAAACUGCAAACUGAUCAGUUUCCCAGAUGGUGUAUUCAGGGUCCUCAACAGCGUUGCAGAGAAGAUACACAUCGUCACGUUGGCUGACAAUGAGAUGAAGGGAGUUACUAGCAAAUUUUUCAAAACCUUCACUCAAUUGAGAGACGUCCCCAUGGAAAAGUUGCAGGCCAUGCCAGCUCUGAAGUGUAUCAACCUGAAGUCAAAUCCUUUGGACAACAACUUGUUAACUGCCAUUCAACAAUUUCCUCAAACCUUUGAAAUUCAAACUACAACAGACAACUAAGACCUUGUCUUCUUCUAAGAUGGACAGUUUAUCCACACCUAGAGACAAUGAGGAUUGCAUGCUGUGCCUUCAGACUUUUUCAAUAGUACAAUUAGAGAUUCAGAGAUUCAAUUGUUUGGCCUGUAUUUCAUUACAUUUUUCCCCCAUCAUGUUUGCUGUAAUGGACCUAUCAAACUUGAGGCCUCUCCAGACCAGAACAUGUGAGCCUUCUGUAGUUGCUGCCAUUACUGAAAGUCCAUUUGAGUUGGGCUCAGUUCAGAGAUGACUAGAUGUUGCUGUUUACACUUUUGCGGUAGCCUUUCCAGAGCGCACCAAGAGCUACACCUAGUACAUAGUCCUUAUUAACAAUGGGCUGUUUUCAUCAUCAAACGAAUGGCAAUUAAGUGCUAUGUCUUUAAAAAAAAAUGUAUCUUCAACCUAUCAUCCUAAUUGGAGAGAUGCUGUCCCUCCUUGUGUAGAGGGCAACUAAAUCAAUCCUAAUUGGAGAGAUGCUGUCCCUCCUUGUGUAGAGGACAACUAAAUCAAUCCUAAUUGGAGAGAUGCUGUCCCUCCUUGUGUAGAGGACAACUAAAUCAAUCCUAAUUGGAGAGAUGCCGUCCCUCCUUGUGUAGAGGACAACUAAAUCAAUCAGACUGAGUUCACUGGCGUCACCCACUUUGUAGCUUCACAUGCGAAUGGACUGACUUUACUCAUUUAGAAAACAAAGAAUAAAUAUUUUUAUUCCAAAUGUG